AUGCCGAAGGACCCAACCCCUUCACGGCAGAAAAGCCGAAAGUCUCCUGGUCCCCGCCCAGCUCCGAGUGGUCUUGGGUUUGCAAAAGCCGCGACCACGGGUACCGAGCCAGAGCCGCUGGUGACCACCAGUCCUCCAGCCCAGAAGAGAUCACUGCCAAUUGCAAAGAAGGAUCGCCCGUCGAAGACUUCGAAAUUGGAAGGUGCCAAAGAUGAGAAGGAGCAGCUGUCUGUGCUUCAGAGGCAAGAACGGCAACAACAUCAGCAGCAGCCCUUGCAGCAAUAUCGAGCGGGAAAGGCCCAGCCUGUUUCUCAUAUUCAGCGAUUGCAAAAAGCUGGCCGAGGGUGA